UUGGCUCGCUUUGCAAAUAUGGCACGUACCGGCGAGAAAAUGACGGAGCCGACUCAACCAAAUGAGUUGAAAGACGAAAAGGAAGGGAUAAGUAUUUGGUCAACAAUUUUGAGCCAAGUCCAAGCCAGUUCACCAAACAAGCUACCUUCUUGUAAACUUGUGUUAAUUUUAGGAGAUGAUGAGUGUGGGAAAACUUCACUCAUUGCUAAACUACAAGGGAAUGAAGAUCCAAAAAAAGGCUCUGGACUAGAGUAUCAUUAUAUUUUAGUUCGAGAUGAAUACAGAGAUGAUCACACACAGCUCGGAGUGUGGAUCCUAGAUGGAGACCCAUGGCACAGAAACCUCCUAAAAUAUGUUGUAAAUGAAGUAUCCUUCCCCCAUAUCACAGUUCUCCUGGCAGCAUCCAUGACCCAGCCAUGGAAUAUUUUGGAGUCUUUGGAGAAAUGGGCUAUGAUUUUAGAAGAAAAUCUUGAUAGACUGAAGCUAGACUCGGAUCUUGUAAAAGAAUUCAAACAGAAAACUUUGAAACGAUUCCAGGAGUAUCUUGAACCAAGAGAUGAGAUAGAAAAUGUAACAUCUUUAAAAAAAGGAUCAGGAUCAGAAGAGGAAACCAUAUCAUUACCACUUGAUGAAAUCACAUUAACCUGCAAUGUUGGGCUUGAUGUGAUUGUAGUAGUGACAAAGACUGAUUUUAUGUCCACAUUGGAAAAAGACUAUGAUUAUAAAGAUGAGCAUUUUGACUUCAUUCAGCAAGCACUCAGAAAAUUUUGCCUGAAAUUUGGUGCCUCACUGGUUUAUACAUCUGUGAAAGAGGAUAAAAACUGUGACUUACUCUAUAAGUACCUAGUCCAUAAAAUAUACAGUUUUCCAUUCAAGACACCAGCACUUUUAGUUGAAAAAGAUUCAGUGUUCAUCCCAUCUGGAUGGGACAACAAAAACAAAAUUUCUAUCUUAUAUGAGAACCUCAAAUCAGUUACUCCUGAUGAUGUGUACUCAGAUUUUAUUGUGAAUCCAACUAUUAGAAAGCCAGUACAAAGAGAAGGUGAAAUUGCAGCUGAAGAGGACCAAACUUUCUUGUUAAAACAACAAAAUCUUCUUAACCAACAACUAUCAACUAGUGUACGAUCUCAGGAAUCAUCCAUGAGGACUCCUAGUGGUGCAGAGAAGACCUCAGACAGAAGGUUGUCUGGCACAACAACUGUGCAAAAUUCACCAAGGAAAAUUGAUGGACCUGAUGCAGUUGCAGGAAGUGAAGGAGUUUUACAAAACUUCUUUAACAGCCUACUGAAUAGGAAGACAGGGCCAGGAGCAUCAUCCUCAUCAGCUUCUCUUCAAUCUCCAGAGAAAGUAUCAGUGAGGAAUGAUGCAGUGGCAGAAUUAGAUCGUAUGAUGAGACUAAAAAAGCCUCUAGCUCCAAACCAGUCAAAUAAUAUAGAUAAUUUGAUGAAUGCAAGCCCAGGUGAUACAGGACCUUCUUCAUCACCACAGAUGUAAAUUCUGAAUUAGUUCUGAAAAAUGUGCCAAUGAAGAUCAUCAUCAUCAUCAUCAAGGAGUAGUCCCCUUAUUUUCGAAGCAUGGUGACUUUUGAAUUGCUCUUAACAGGCCAAUGUGUGUUAUAUACAUGUUUUCUCACCUAUCAUCAUGAAGGUGUAUUACAGCCAACAUAUAUAUAUUAACAAAUGGUUCCUGUAGGCUUCCAUUGUAAAUGUUUUGAAACACUUU